AUGAGCUCGUCUGCGACAGCUGUGUUGACGAACAUCGCCAGGCUCGCCAUCACGCUCGGCGUGGGCGGCAGCCUGCUUAACGCGUCACUCUAUACGGUCGACGGAGGGCAUCGCGCGGUGCUGUUCGAUCGGUUCCGCGGAGUGCUGGAGGAGACGCAGGGCGAGGGGACGCACUUCCUCAUCCCCUGGCUGCAGAAGCCCUACAUCUUCGACGUGCGCACUCGCCCCCGCUCCAUCACCUCCGUUACAGGAACAAAGGAUUUGCAGAUGGUCAAUUUGACACUGCGAGUUCUCUCCAAGCCGGAAAACACCCACCUGCCGACCAUCUUCAAGACGCUCGGCACGGAUUAUGACGAGCGGGUGCUGCCUUCUAUCGGCAACGAAGUUCUCAAAGCUGUUGUGGCUCAAUUCAACGCAGAUCAGCUACUCACAGAGCGUCCAUAUGUAUCAAAGCUUGUGCGGGAGGCCCUGACUCAGCGAGCCAAGGACUUCAACAUCGUGCUGGAUGACGUGGCACUGACCCAUCUGUCGUAUGGUGCCGAGUUCUCCAAGGCUGUGGAGCAGAAGCAAGUUGCCCAGCAGGAGGCUGAGCGGUCCAAGUUUGUGGUGAUGAAGGCGGAGCAGGAAAGGCUGGCAGCGAUCACAAGAGCAGAGGGCGAGUCUGAGGCGGCCAAGCUGAUUUCGGAUGCGACCGCAAAUGUGGGAGGGGCGAUGAUAGAGCUGAGGCGAAUCGAGGCGGCAAGGGAGAUUGCUGCAACGCUUUCUCGGAGCCGCAAUGUGGUGUACUUGCCGGGCGGCAACAACAUGCUCCUGGGGCUCGGCACGGGCGGCAACAGCUAG